AUGACAAGAGAUUGGGAUAAAGAACAAAUCCGCCCGAUCCGGAUCAUCCAUUGUGAAGUUACUCUCCCUGAGAUUCUGAAAAACGUAUCCUUCGCUGGCGUAUUUUCCGAUGGUAAACGUCGUCUUCCGCGUCAUCACUCGGGUCUCGGCACUGUGAGAGGGGAUGGUGUAGCAGAGGGGGAUGAUUGGAGAGAAGGGGAGUGCAGGGGUUUAAGGGGGAGAGUGAGUGAGAAGAGAGCUUCGGAGAGUGCAUACUGCGGCGGAAGGCGAGCUGGUGGUUGCCGUCCCAGGAAGCCGAGGAAGUUCAAUCCUAUAGUUAUCCCGAAGUCUCUGCAGGAGGCCCUGCCAUUUGCAUCGAAACCCAAGGAUAUACCUUCUAGAAAACGGGCAUCGCUUGAAAAUAGGAGAGCUGUGGUCAUGGAGCCACAUGACCGGAAACGAAAAACUCAAGGAAGCUGCAAAGAGGAGGGCAAGAUUUUUGAUGCCGAGACAAACAAUGAUGAUGAUGAUGAUGAUGAUGAUGAUAGAGAUGAGGACAGUGAUGAUGAUGAUGAUGACAAAGAUGAUGUCAGCCCUACUGACGGCAACAAAAGUGGUGCCAAAAAUGGAUCUGGUGAGGAAAACGGUGAAGCUGAAGAUGACGAGCAAGAGGAGCCGAACGAGGAUGAAGAUGAUGACGAUAAUGAAGAUGAUGAUGACGAUGAUGAUAGUGGUGAAGAUGAUGAUGAUGAUGAUGAGGAGGAGGAAGAGGAUGAGGAAGAAGAAGCCAUUCAACCUCCCAAGAAAAGGAAGAAAAGGCGGUGGCUGAGAUUGUUCCAUUGCCGGGAUAGAGCUGGUGGUUGCCGUCCCAGGAAGCCGAGGAAGUUCAAUCCUAUAGUUAUCCCGAAGUCUCUGCAGAAGGCGCUGCCAUUUGCAUCGAAACUCAAGGAGAUACCUUCUAGAAAACGGACAUUGCUUGAAAAUAGGAGAGCUGUGGUCAUGGAGCCACAUGACCGGAAAGUGCAUGCUAUGGUUCAACAAGCGAAAACUCAAGGAAGCUGCAAAGAGGAGGGCACAAGAAGCGGAACGUGCAAAGGAGGAUCAAAUUUUGAAAAAGAGGCAGAGAGAUGA